CUAACGUCGCAUCGCAUGAAACACAAAUCCCACCUCAAGUGCCGAAUUGGAGACUUACGAGAUGCCUUGAACGCCUCGCGAUUAUCACGGACCCACGUUAGGAGCGCGUCUCUGCCCUGGCAGCGGUUCUGUGACCGUUUGCCGUUUUCGGAAAGGCCAGCUGGACUCAUGGCUCUGAAGCUCAUCCAGAGAUUUCCUCCGUUUGGGCAGUUCGGGAUUCAACGUUACCCUCCUGGUGGACCUGUCUGCCCCACCAGGCUCCUGAGUACCAGCAGUGUAGGUCAGCCCUUAUGUGUAGCCUGCCUUUGUACCUCAGCCGGCGGCUGCAUCCUGACCCAGGGCUGCAGGAAGCUCCGGCCGGACUGCGGGAUGAGGAGCCUGACCACCAUCGUCAGGGAGCCGUCCUUCGUCGCUAGCAGCUCUGUACGGCUCCACAGAGAUUCAGGCCCUCGGUUCCGUCUGACCCAGCUGCACCGGCCCACAGCUGCAGAAGAGCAGGCUUUCCAGCAGCGUAUAGGGAGCUGCUCCUCAUCCAGGCAGGUCUUUACACUGCUGCGCUCAGUGGAGAUCAUGUCUGACACCAUGGCUGCAGCAGCACUUCACCGUGUGGCCGACCUGGAGCGGGAGGGUAACUCUCUGAAGGAUCCUACAGUGCUGGAGAAGGACACCAUCAGAUCUCUGUGCUUGCAGCUGGAGCAGGACUCUAGGCGGCUGACGGAUGCUGGGCUCGUAUCAGCUCUGCUGGCUUGUACGCGCCUCUUCUUGGAUCCUUGGAGCACGCUGAUGGUGCGGCUGGCGUCUGAGAGCCAGGAGAGGCUAGACAGAGGGAAGAUGAGCGUUGGGCAGCUGUGCACCCUGGGCCAGGCGAUGCUGGCUAUGGAGGGUCCUCGAUGUGUGAUGCUGGAGCAGGUGAUGGAGCAAAUCCAGAAGCAGGAGCCUUCCCAGUGGAGCCUAGCAGAUCUCAUUGCUGUUUAUAGAUUUCUGCAAGGCGGCGUGGGUAUAGAUGGGAGAUACCGGGACCUGCUGAAUGCUAUGCACACCCACGCUGUGACAGUCACCUCCCGCAUGGACCCUGCUGCUGUCAGCAGGCUGCUUAGUGCUCUCGUGGCCCUGAAUCAGACGCAGGCCAUGCCUCUUGUGAUCAAUCUGUGCAAGCAGGCCGUACGACACGUACCUCACUUCACUGAUGAGGAGCUCACCGUUGUGCUUGGCGCUCUAAUGCACUUUGGUCACAGCGAUCAUUACUUUGUGGAGGCGAUGGAGAGGUACGUGCCCACAAUGACCUUCACCUCCCACCCAGAGACAGUUACCAAGGUCAUUCAGUUCUUUGGCCGGAGGAACAUCCUGUCUACGACUGUGUUUGAUGCCGUUGCGGAGAGCUUUGUGUACCGAGCAGACGACUACAGCACCAGCCAGGUGGCCAGGCACAUCAUGGCUCUCGGAAAGGUCGGCUACCUUCCUCCCAACGCUGGCGACGUAUUCAGGAAAGUUGAGAACAUCCUGCACACACGCUUCUCACACUUCCAGCCUCGAACGCUGCUCAACCUGCUCCACUCCUGCACCCUGGUGGAGAGGUUCCCCGUUAACUUUGUCUCCAAAGUUUUCAGCAGUUACUUCCUCCAGCAGCUGCAAGAGCAGGGAACAGGAAUCGACCGGAUCCUCCUGGCACAGCUGACCCAGCUCUACAUGACUUUGAAGUUGGAGUGUCCUUUCUAUGAGGGUCCCAGGCUACUUCCAAAGUACCGUGUCAAGUCGUUCCUCAUGUCCGGACGCUCUCUGGAGACACCGGUGGACGCACAUCUGUACAACACUGUGAAAACUGGAUUGGUGGAUUUGCUCGGGGCUCGUUCAUACUUCGGAUCCAAAGUUCUGACUCCGUACUGCUACACACUCGAUGUGGAGAUCAAACUUGAUGAGGAGGGAUACGUACUGCCUGCCAGUCAAAUUGAUGAUGUAUACAAAAGGAUUGCGCUUUGUAUUGAUGGACAGACGAGAUUCACUACAAGCAAGAGGCAGCUACUUGGAAAAGAAGCCAUCAAGCAGCGACAUCUGAGGCUUCUGGGAUAUGAAGUUGUUCAGAUUCCUUACUAUGAAUUUGAAAAACUACAACACAAGACCAGCGUGGUAGAGUAUCUGCACCAGAAAAUCUUCCCUCAUACUUAUAGGCUGAGCUGGUGAUGAUAAAAUGAGUGUGUUUAAGUUAUUGAUUAUGCACUUUCACCUGUUUAACUUGACAAUAAAGUGACUUUUGUAUAAAUACCAA